GCCCUUGUGGCGGACUUGGUGUCCCAGCGGCACACGGAGCUCGGGGUCCCCCCGGCUUCAGAAGGUGGAAAACACAGCUGCGGCCUGCAAUGGGACCCAGGUUCAGAGCCCUCACAAAAUGCUUUCUCAGCAGACCCGCUGAGGCCAUGCAGGGUGCCCGGCCCCCGUGGAGGAUUUGCCCUUCCCAGGGCGCCAGGGCCCAGGAUUUCCCCGGGCUGAAACCCAUGAAACCAGAGCUCACCGGCGCAGACGGCCAGGCACGCGUAGGAAAGGCAGUGUACACAGGCCAUCGGAAACAAUAGAACGUGGAGCCCUGAGAAUCCAGCUACUGGAGUCCCGCGCAGCAGAGUGUACGCGGGGUGCAGGAAGGGGCCAGGCCGCGCUCAUGGACAUGCACGUGGCCCCCACACUGGGAGGGGACCCCAGCCGCGGCUCAAGACGGGAGCUGCGUCCUGAAAGCCCACUGUGGAUUCAGCGCGCCCUGUGCAGCUGAAGAGAUCUUGAAUUCACUGAAGAUGGGAAACAUUCUAAGGAGAAAGUCAAGGUUUAUACCUUUUUCAAAAACACAUUAAUAUAAUUAAAAGUGUAAAUUCACUACUUUUUCCUUUUUGAUUCCGUUGUAUUUGCUUUUACUGAUACAGCUGUGUAUGAGGCUCAGUCAGACAUUUUCACCGUGGGUGUCCCCUGGCCGUUACGAUCUUUCGUGUCUGAUGUCUGAAGGGGACCUGUGCAGCGGUGGGGUAGGCGGUGAGCCGCUUGUCUGGGCAGCGGGGCCGGGGUUCCUCGUGGCUUACAGGUUGUCGUCUUUCACGCGGCGCUGUCCUGAUGGGCCCUACAACAGCUUCUUCCGGAUGUUCAAUAGGUCCACCCAGAGGGAAGAGACGCUGGAGGCCUCCAGGGAGAACAGCAGGCCCCAGGCCAGCCUGCAGCCUCACAGGGUGUGUGCGGGCAGGCAGUGGACGGGCAAGGUGAGCGUGGGCAGCCUGGACCAGCAGGAAGACUGCCCACGCAGGCACGCGGCCGAGAGUGUCACCGCCGUGGCCGCCACCAGCCAGCCACCAGUACACCUUCCAGGAUGAGGUCAGCUACAGCGGCAGAGGGCCCCGCGUCUGCAGAAUCGCGCCUGCUCGCUGUCGGAGCACA